AUGAGCGGCGGGGGCGGCGGUGAGGGCCGGACGGGCUCCAUCAGCUACGCUCUUCCCUCCAUCCCCUCCAGCAAACUCUCGGACUUGCAUUUCAUCAGCCGGGGCGCUUACGGGACCGUGUCCGCCGCCCGUCACGCCGACUGGAGGGUCCCGGUGGCCCUCAAGUCCCUGCAGGGGCCGCUGCUGGACAGUGAUAGAAAUCACCUUCUAAAAGAAGCAGAGAUAUUACACAAAGCCAGAUUUAGUUACAUUCUGCCAAUUUUGGGAAUUUGCAACGAGCCUGAAUUUCUGGGAAUAGUAACAGAAUACAUGACAAAUGGGUCAUUAAACCAGCUAUUGCAUGGGAAAGAUGCAUAUCCUGACAUUCACUGGUGCCUGAGAUUCCGCAUUCUUUACGAAAUUGCCUUGGGAGUGAACUAUUUGCACAACAUGAAUCCUCCACUGCUGCACCAUGACUUAAAAACCCAGAACAUUUUGCUGGAUGAUGAGUUUCAUGUCAAGAUUGCAGAUUUUGGCAUGUCCAAAUGGCGCAUCAUAUCCAUGUCUCAAUCACGAAGUGAAUCCUCUUUGCCAGAAGGAGGGACAAUUAUCUACAUGCCACCUGAAGACUACAACCCCAGCCAGAAAACCCGGGCAAGUGUGAAACAUGAUAUCUACAGUUAUGCAAUUAUCAUGUGGGAAGUGAUGUCAAGGAAACGGCCAUUUGAAGAGGUUAUAGACCCCUUGCAGAUAAUGUUCAGCGUGUCACAAGGACAACGACUAGACUUAAGUGAAGAAAGUUUAUCAAUGGACAUUCCUCAUCGAAUGCUCAUCAUAAGACUGAUGGAAAGUGGAUGGGCACAAAACCCAGAUAAAAGACCAUCGUUCUUAAAAUGUUUAAUAGACAUUGAGCCAAUUCUGCGGACAUUUGAUGAAACAGCUAUGCUGGAAGCAGUAAUUGUGUUAAAGAGAUCAAAGUCACUGUAUGAAUCACAAUGUAUUUAUAAGAGUGGAAAGAAAGCAAAUGUGGAGCAGAUUUCUCUAAAUAUACCUCUGAAUCCCCAAAAGGAAACAUAUUUUGGCUCCAUACAAUGUGGUGCACUUCCCCUUCGGAGCAUCUCUCCAGAUACAGCAAAACUCAACUCUGUCCAACAGUGUAAUAUCCUUUCAUCAGAUGGAAAUUCUGGGUGUCUACACUCUCUCAACAGCCAGAGCAUGGAUGAAAAUAUCUUUGUAACUCAGAGUGCCAAACUUCUUGUGCAUCCAUACAGUAAUGUUCCCUCAUUUGAAAGGAGUAUUUCAGAUGCCUCAAAUUCUGCAUCAUGUUUACUGCAGUCAUCACCGAUUCCUUCAGUACCAUGUCGGGUUGAACACUGGAACAGGUUGCUCAUGGAGGCUGCAGAAGUACCAUCACUUGGAGAUGCUCAAAAUUCAGCUGGACAAGGCCCUGAGCAACCUGAGUUAUGCUUGAAGUUGGCCCAGCUUUGAGCAGGCUAUUAGACCAGAUGACCUCCUUGAGGGUUCCUUCCAACCUAAAUUAUUCUGUGAUUCAGAUAGAAAAGAUACUCUAACCAUCAAAUUUGACAAAUUGGAACAUUUUAGGAGCUCUUUCUCAGCUGCUUCUUUGUUCUGUGGCAACAUUUAUUGACAGACAGUUACAAUCCCUUCUUUUUUUUAAUCCUCUCCAGUCUCAAAUUCUGAAUUGGAAACCAAACAGCAGAAUGAAGCUCAUCAAUGGAUCCAAAGUAAAAGAGAAGAAAUUGUUGAUCAGAUGACUGAAGCAUGUUUGAAUCAAUCACUGGAUGCUCUUCUAGCAAAAUCUUUACUCAUGAAAGAAGAUUAUGAACUUAUAAGCACCAAACCUACAAGGACAUCAAAAGUACGACAACUGCUUGAUACUUUAGACAGCCAAGGAGAGGAAUUUGCCAGCAUUGUAGUACAAAAGUUGAAAGAUAACAAACAGCUAGGACUUCAACCUUAUCCAGACAUUGUAUCUAAUUCUCAAAAACUGUAUCCUUAAAUUUAUUCUCUCUGUAUGAAGCCAUGUGAAUAUUUCUUACAACAUGACUCUUGUUUCUAUAUAGUAGUUUUAUAUAUGUGUUGCUUUGUCCUCACUAUGCCUUUAUAGUCUCAGAAAUGAUGCUGAGUUCAUCUAGCCUGCAUUUGGUGAGUGACCAGUUAACCAGCUGGAGUGCAGUCAUAUAGCCGAACAUUUUACACUCUUUGAGUCACUUUUUAGAACAAUUUGGUUAUACAUGACAAAGAAAAACAUUAAAUAUUCCCUAUUUUACAUAUUUGCUGUUCAUACAUAGCCUUUCACCUCACAGGACUGAGACAGCUCAUCUCAACGUGCAGUAUUUGUAUUUCUCCCUCCAUCUGCUCCUUGCCAUAGAGGAGGGAAAUAAUCUAGAUGCUCUAUUCUGGGGUUAUUAUGCUGUGUGUGUAAUA